AGUACAGUAUGUUGUCUGUAACCUGUUUAUCAGCUCUGCUUCUACAUACAGUAUGUUGUCUGUAUCCUGUUUAUCAGCUCUGCUUCUACAUACAGUAUGUUGUCUGUAACCUGUUUAUCAGCUCUGCUUCUACAUACCGUAUGUUGUCUGUAACCUAUUUAUCAGCUCUGCUUCUACAUACAGUAUGUUGUCUGUAUCCUGUUUAUCAGCUCUGCUUCUACGUACAGUAUGUUGUCUGUAUCCUGUUUAUCAGCUCUGCUUCUACAUACAGUAUGUUGUCUGUAACCUGUUUAUCAGCUCUGCUUCUACAUACAGUAUGUUGUCUGUAUCCUGUUUAUCAGCUCUGCUUCUACAUACAGUAUGUUGUCUGUAUAUCAGGUUUAUCUUCUGCCUGAAAAUUAUGUUUAUUGUGGCAGCACCAUUUCACCAAGUCAAAUUCCUUUAUAUACAAAAUGUAUUAUGCGAUUAAAGGUGAUUCUGAUCUUCUACAGUUUACAGGGCAGGACUCUUAUUUUGAAAGAUAUAAAAUCCCAUGAAUCGCUUUAUCUUGUUUGCAUAACACAGCUGGAAAGAAGGAUGGCGGAUGCUGGAAAUAAAGAGUCAGCGCCGAUUGGAGGAGAUGAAUUUACCAACACAGAGUUGGAGAAUAACAAGAAUAACACGAUGGUGGAGGAAGGAUCCACUCUGCUGCGGAGAAUGGAGAUCAGUGUGGCCGAGGCAGAGAAAAGAACUGGGAAAAAUACAGUGAACAUGCAAGAGAUAUUCACAGUGUACCUCAUAGAAACUCGACCCAUAGAUGCAAUAACAGAAGGCCAUAACCCAGCAGCCCCAGACUCUCUCUGGAGGAGAUACAGUGAAUUUGAGAUUCUCCGGAACUAUUUGUUAGUCACCUAUCCAUUUAUCGUGGUGCCGCCUUUGCCAGAGAAGAGGGCAGAGUUUGUUUGGCACAAGCUGUCUGCAGACAACAUGGACCCAGACUUUGUAGAGAGGCGCAGGGUUGGUCUGGAGAACUUUCUACUUCGCGUGGCCUCCCAUUCGGUUCUGUCCAAUGACAAAAUCCUAUACCACUUCCUGACUGAGGAACACAGGUGGAAGGAGGUGGUGUAUGAGACAGGGUUCCAAGCCAAGGCAGAGUCCAGGAUUAAAGCUCUGAGCGCAACUUUCAGGGUGAAGAACCCUGACAAGCGGUUCACAGAGAUGAAACACUACAGCGAUGAGCUUCAGUCUCUCACCUCCCAGCUGCUCCGAGUCAGAGCAAGAGUAGCAGACAGGCUCUACGGCGUAUACAAAGUCCAUGGGAACUAUGGAAGAGUAUUCAGUGAGUGGAGUGCCUUAGAGAAGGAGAUGGGAGAUGGUCUACAGAGUGCUGGACACCAUAUGGAUGCCUAUGCUGCCUCAGUAGAUGAUAUGUUGGAGGAAGAGGAGCACUACGCAGACCAACUGAAGGAAUAUCUUUUCUAUGCUGAAGCCUUAAGGGCUGUGUGUAGGAAACAUGAGCUGACCCAGUAUGAGCUGGAGACGGCCUCCUCAGACCUCAUCUCCAAGAAGCAGCAACGGGAGGAGCUGGCCACUGGGAUGGUACGGACGUUCUCCUUCAAAGGAAUGACCAACAAGCUGUUUGGUCAGUGA